CUACUUCUCCCAUCCUCCCCUCUAUCCUUACUAUAGUUAUUAUCCAUUUGUAUGCCUCGUGUUGGUUUGGAGUAUACGCCUGCGAUUUGAUGCUGAUUUGGUGUUGAUCUGCGUUGAAGCAAGCGGGGGAACGGUCACAAUUUCAGCGAGAGGUGUAAGUGGAUUCGCGAUUGAGUGGUAAAUAAUUUUAACUGAAUUUUUAGCGAAUCGGAUCACUUGGCAAAUAGAUGGUGACCGUUCCCAUUCACCAUUUCUCUUCAUUUUAGAGAUAACCCUAAGAGGAAACAACCACUAAAAAAAAAUAGGUUAUAGAAACCAAACCUACCUCUCACUCUUGAUCCAUCCAUGGCGACGCCGCCGAGCCGGCCGUGGGCGGAGCUGCAGCACGACUUACUGGUGGCGAUCAUGUCACGCGUGGGCGCUCCGGAUCUGCUCUCCGGCGGCGCGCCCCGCGCCUGCUCCUCGUGGCGGGCUGCGGCGCGCGACCCGCUCGCUUGGCGUCGCGUCGAUCUCCGCGACUGGGCCGCCCUGACCUCCUGUCGGCGCGAGGAAGGACCCGGCCCUUCCAGUCGUCGCCUCCCCGUGCAUGCCGCCCUCGCUGGCAUCCUGGAGGUCGCCGCGACCCUGUCGGAUGGGCGGAUCGAGACUGUGCUGCUUCCCGAGUUUGCAGAUGAGGAGCACCUCCUGUUCCUUGCCGAGAGGUGUCCGAACCUGCACUAUUUCAGCCUUCCUAGCACCUGUAUGACUUACGAUCAGUUCUGUAAGGCAAUAGGUGGGCUUCAUUCGCUUAAAGGCAUGGCAGUGGAUGAGAGUCUUAUUAAUUACGAUGCCCUCCACCACGUGCAUCAGUGCUGCCCAGACUUUGUGGAGCUGAAGGUGUCUGCUUUGUAUGUGGAUGAGGAGAUGGCUUCUGUCAUCUGUAACUCUCUUCCUCAUCUGAAGAAGCUCGAGAUACCAAGCUCUGAUACGUCUUCUGCUGCAAUAAUAAAAUUCCUUGAUUACCUAGAGGAGCUCGAGUACCUGGACAUAUCGGGUUAUGAGAUAUCCGCGAUCUCAAGCGCCGUUCUUGAGAAAGCUUCUCGGCUCAAGGUUUUUCUCUGGAACUCGAAAUUUGAGCUUGGGGAGUUCAUGGACUGCUCAAAUUGUGGAGAGCACAACGUCAACCCUCAAGAUCCCUGCAAGUGCAUGAUGGAACACAAGGUCAUGGACUGGCUGGCUGGACCUUCAUAAACUUCCCGAAGCAAGGGCAUCUCUGGUUUUUAUUAUGACGCUUUGCUGCUUGUAAAAUUUCGACCUAUGUCAAAUUUAGUGUUUGAGCUGUAUGUAACAGUAAAUGGGGUGCUUGAAGUUUUUUACUGCACGGUCGUUAUGCCUCCUCAGAGGUGACAAGGCUGGAUCAAUUUGCUUGAACCGCCCAUGAUUCGUGCUCGAGUUAUGCAUCCAAUAACAAAAUUUUGAUGUUUCA